UAUUUUAUAGUGUAUAUUUGAAUUUUCAGCUUUCAUUUUACGCGCAGCAUUGAAAUUCGGAAUUAAAGAAAGGAUAGACCUUAGCCUUGUUAGGCCCAGAGUUAAAAAAUAAAAUAUGCAUUAUUAGUAUCUGUUCGUAUACAGUCGAUUUUUGGAGCGAGCUUGCGUGAAUCUAUACAUUUUAAUCCUUGAAUUUUUGCUAAAAAAACUGAUUUUUCCAGGCGCAUUGGCAACACUGUGUUUAAAAUGGAGGUGUUAUGAGAGGGCCAGAUACCCUCGUAAGCCUUAUUAGUUGUGAUUUCAGGUUGGUUUUCUCUCUUUUCCCCGCAAAAAUAAUGUACUCAUGUCAUUAAACUAAGUGGGAAAAUAACGGCACAUUUGGCAAAAUUUGGCAACACUAUAUUCAAUCAUUUGGGAAAUUUUGGAAACUUUGACUUUAAUACAAGCACACGACAAGGUACACGAUGAAUACUUAACACUGUUAAAAUUUCAUUGAAUUCCAUGCAUUAUUCAAUCAGAUAUGACUUAUUUCCCAUCCGCCCAUAAGGACACUGCACUGUGGCGGCGUUUUUCCUUAGCACGGCAGUAUGGCGCAAACGCUGCUCAUCCUCAUGGUCUGCACUCUGCAGCAUACUAACAAGUUUAUUACAAGAGUAUGCCACCUAAGAGUUCUGUGUAAAAUCAUUUUUUUUUUAAACUCUUCAUAAAUCUUUUAAUACGAGUUUUAAGGAUAUGAGUAGCUUUGUGUAUUGUUUUUAAAACAUGCUUAUUGAUGCUUACAUUACUCAUCUCUGUUUAGAUGCUUCAAAUAUUUCUGAACGUCUUUUGUUUAUAAUUUUUUCCCGCACGCAUUAUAUUUUGGAAAGUUGAAGAUAAAUUCAAUUUUUAAUUUAGAAAAUUGUAGUAACAUUUAAUGCAAUUUUUACGAACAGAUCGUGGUCCGAUACACAAGUCAUUUAGACAAUAAAUGGUGAUUUUUCACUGAAUCGCACACUGUUUCAAUUAUAUACUAAAUAUCUCGGACGGGGCAAAAUCAUUAACUCUAUGUAACAAAAUUUUCUUGAUUAGUGCAUCAGUGAUACAUGUACCUACAAAGUUGAUCGGUUUAAAUGUUUACAUUUUAUGAAGUUCGGCUGUAGAAUGAAAAACGUGGCAAAUUAUCUCUUUCUUAAUUGCUAUUCCGCAGUUGCAUUAAUGUUGGAAAAUUUUUCCUAAAUUGGAUUGGACUACAUUUUGCAAUUCGAAACUAAAAUGUCUGGCUCCGUUUCGUCACAACGUAUGUGCCAUUACCUUCCCUACGUAUAUAAGUGUUUUUACAGAUGAGUCAGAAAUUGUAGCUCCUAAUUGUAAAAUAAAGUCCAAUUGUACAAAGCUUGUUAUCUCUAAAGCCAUUGCGCUACUCGGAGGUAUUAGCUUUUUUGAUAAUACGUUUUUUCAUGAAAUGCAAACACAUAAUUGACGAAAAGCUGUGAGAAGAUUAAAAACUUACCCCCCCCCAUUCAAGCACACCCUAUAGUACUUCCUAUAACUAAAUUCAUUGUGAAUAUGUGACCUAAUUUCCACGCGUGGUCCUCUUUUUCAGCACAAUAUAUUUCAGCGCAGUAAGGAUUUAGAUAUCUCUUGUUUAAGCGGAAAAUGAUUAUCCGCAACCUGCUUAUGGUUCUACACCUCUGUUUUUGUUCGGAGGCUUAUAAAAUCUUGGUAUUUUAUCCGUUUCCCACUUUGAGCCAUCAUCGUGGAAUUCUCGCUUUGACCGAGAGGUUGGUCACUGAUGGCCAUGAACUCUAUGUUGUCAGUCCAUUUGGCAUACCGGGAUUGAAAAAUCACGAAAACUACACUUUCGUGGAUCUCUUACCCUCGUAUACUCUGAAUAAAACUAGAGAUGAGGCUGAAAUCAUCGAUAUUUUACAGCAGCGUAUUUCUAAAUGGGAAAUGAUGUCGAUUUUAAAAGACUAUCCUUCACUUCCGCAGAAGGCAUUGUUGAGCGACACGUAUCUGCAAUUCAAACGACAUGUGGAGUCGGAGAGUAUUAAAUUCGAUCUCGUCAUUGCAGAGAUGCUUUUCUUUUCGUACGCAUGCGCAAUAACCCGAGAUUUUCCCGGUUCAGCGCCACUUAUUUCCAUGUCCUCUAUUACGUCAGACGUGGCGGAGGAUAGCCUCGGGAGUAUCAAGCACUAUUCGUUUUUCCCGUUAGUGGUUAGCCAGAAUACGGAUAGAAUGAACUUAUGGCAGAGGUUAGAAAACUGGAUCGCAGGCGUAUUUUUUAUGUCAUGGUACAUUAAUAAAUUGGAUGCCGCGGUCCGAGUGUACCUCAAUGAGCUCUACGGGCCAGGAAGUGAGGACACGAUAGGAGACUGCUGGUCCAGGAAUAGUCUCUCCUUGAUUGCGUCAAAUUCGUUGUACUCUUAUCCUAGACUUCUCGGUCCCAACGUCAUUGAAGUUGGUCCUCUGCAUCUUAAAACCCCUGAAAAACUACCACAGAACCUACAAGAUUGGCUAGAUGGAGCAGAGAAGGGCGUGAUUUAUUUCAGCAUGGGUUGUACUAAGAAAGGCAAAUCAUUGCCUGCUGAAAUACGAGACAACUUCCUGAAAGUGUUCAAAGAGCUCCCACCCGGAUAUCGAGUACUGUGGAAAUGGGAGCUGGAUGGCAAAAUCCCUGGACAGUCGGAUAAUAUCCUGCCUCAGAAGUGGCUGCCACAAAUGAGUGUGCUGGCCCACCCAAAAUUGAAAGUUUUCAUCAUGCAAGGAGGUCUUCAAAGCUUUCAAGAAGCAGUCCAUUAUGGCGUCCCUAUUGUUGGGAUCCCUUGGUCUGUAGAUCAAGAAAGUAGUGUUGCCAAAAUAGUAGAUGCGGGGAUCGGAGUCCGUAUAGAGGCUGCCGAUCUUAACUCAUUUGAGAAAAUCAAAUCAGCUCUUGAGGCUGUGUUACAUGAUAAGCGAUAUUCCAACAACAUGAAGAAACUUUCAGCCAUAUCCCAUGAUUUUACUUCUCGAGGCUUGGACCAGGCGGUAUUCUGGGUAGAACACGUAGCCAGACAUGGUGGGGCAUCUCACUUGCGACCAGCUACUGCCGACACAACUCUUUUCGAGUUUUUCUGUUUGGACAUCAUUUCUCUGAUCGUAGUUUUAUGUUUUCUUAUUUUGUACUUAGCCUGGUCUUUGGGGAAAUUCCUUCGUUCAAUGUUUGGAGUCUUUAGAAAAGCUAAUCCUAAAUUAAAAUCAUCCUAAAAUUUA